GCCUGUGGUGGACGGCCGGUGGGCGCGCUCACCUGUCGCCCAUCCAGAACUUUCCUUCCUUGAGUCCCGGGAAUGUAACGUGGAGGCGGUUUUUUUUUCGUUUCCCUCUGAGCUCCUACCAGCCGUGACUUGGCCAUGCCGAACUCGCGGCCUCGGUCCAGGCCCCGCCGGGGCGCCGCCAUUGCUGCGGGCCGGGACGAGCUGGUGUCGCGGUCCCUGCAGAGCGCCGAGCACUGUCUGGGCGCCCGGGACUUCGGCACGGCCUACGCUCACUACCUGCUGGUGCUCAGCCUGGCCCCGGAGCUGAAAGACGGCGUGAAGGAAACUUUUCAGUAUACAUUGUUCAAAUGGGCAGAAGAACUUGAUGCACUCAAUCGAAUACAAGACUUACUCAGUUGUUACGAACAGGCCUUGGAACUAUUUCCUGAUGAUGAAGUGAUUUGUAAUAGUAUGGGGGAACAUCUCUUCAGAAUGGGAUUUAGAGAUGAAGCAGCUGGAUAUUUUCAUAAAGCAGUAAAGUUAAACCCUGAAUUCAAUGAUGCAAAGGAGAAUUUUUAUCGUGUUGCAAAUUGGUUGGUUGAGCGCUGGCACUUUAUUAUGCUUAAUGACACCAGAAGGAAUCUUGCCUACAAUGCAGCAAUCCAAAAGGCUGUCUGUUCGGGGUCCAAAAGUGUUUUAGACAUUGGAGCAGGAACUGGAAUAUUGAGUAUGUUCGCUAAAAAUGCUGGGGCCCUGUCAGUGUAUGCAUGUGAGUUAUCCAAGACCAUGUAUGAACUUGCUCGUGAUGUCGUAUCUGCAAACAAGAUGGACACGGGGAUAAAACUUUUACACAUGAAGUCACUUGACUUAGAAAUUCCAAAACAUAUUCCUGAAAGGUAUUAUAAAUUUUCUUAUUUACAACUCACUAUUUUUUUGAUGCAGGCAAGAAUCAUGAUGGAUACUCAGGGCAAUUUGGCUAUUUAUGUACUUAUACAGAAUAAUACACAAAGUACUUAUUUUAAAAGGAAAAUUGUUAAUUGUGCAGAGAUGAAACCACAUAAUAUCUUUACCAAGAGGCUAAAAGUGGUGGUUAAAGACGUUGCUGGUAUCCAUUUGCCACCAAAUGUGAAAUUUCAGAGUCCAGCUUAUUCUUCUCUCGAUACUGAAGAAACAGUUGAGCCUUAUACAACUGAGAAAAUGAGUCGAAUUUCUGGAGGAUAUUUGGCUUUGACAGAGUGCUUUGAAAUUAUGAAAGUCGAUUUUAAUGAUCUUCAGGAAUUAAAAACUCUUACAACUAAAACACCUGGCCAAAUUAGCAUUCCUGUUAUUAAAGAAGGCACACUAGAUGCCAUUGUGGUUUGGUUUGUGCUCCAGCUUGAUGAGGAGUACAGUCUGUCCACAAGUCCUGGCGAGGAAACUUGUUGGGAGCAGGCUGUGUACCCUGUGCAGGACCUUGCAGACUACUGGGUAAAGCCUGGUGAUCAUGUUACAAUGGAAGCAUCUUGUCAGGAUUGUUACUUGAGAAUCAAUGUCUUGGCUUUGGACCAUGAGAUGGAAGUUGUAAAAAGUUUUACCAAGAAUAAAGACUUGCUAUCUUUCGGGAAUGAGGCUGAACUCUGUAGUGCCCUGGCUAAUCUUCAGACCAGUAAACCAGAUUGUGUAGAGCAAAUGUGCAUAUUGGAAUCCACCGAAAUUGCUUUGCUCAACAACACUUCAUAUCACGAAGGCUUUAAGAUGGCAAUGAAGAGAGUGUUAUCUUCUUUGGCCCCAGAGAAGCUGUGCCAGGCUAUGGAUACUCAGUGUCAGGAUAAUGAGGUACACUGUGGAACUGGACAGAGUUACACUGCACAGGACAUCCCUGAACCUUUCUAUGUGUUAGAUGUGUCUGAAGGCUUCUCUGUCCUGCCUAUAAUUGCCGGCACACUUGGGCAGGUUAAACCUUACAGUUCUGUGGAAAAAGACCAGCAUCGUACUGCUCUUGACCUCAUAUCUGAAGCCAAUCACUUUCCUAAGGAAACACUGGAGUUUUGGCUGAGGCAUGUGGAGGAUGAGUCUGCUGUGCUGCAGAGGCCGGAGUCAGACAAGUUGUGGAGCAUAAUCAUACUGGAUGCCAUUGAACCGUCUGGACUUAUUCAACAGGAAAUAAUGGAAAAAGCUGCAAUAUCCAGGUGUUUACUGCAGUCUGGAGGCAAAAUCUUUCCUCAGUAUAUGCUGAUGUUUGGGAUGCUCGUGGAGUCACAAACACUGCUAGAAGAGAGCGCUGUUCAGGGAACGGAUCGUACACUUGGGUUAAAUAUAGCACCUUUUAUCAACCAGUUUCAGGUGCCUAUACGUGUGUUUUUGGACCUAUCGUCAUUGCCCUGUUUACCUUUAAGCAAGCCAGUGGAACUCUUAAGACUAGAUUUGAUGACUCCUUAUUUGAACACCUCCAGCAGAGAAGUGAAGGUACACAUCUGUAGAUCAGGACAAGUGACUGCUAUUCCAUUUUGGUUUCAUAUGUACCUUGAUGAAGAGGUUAAAUUGGACACUUCAAGUGAAGCCUCACACUGGAAACAAGCUGCAGUUGUUCUAGAUAAUCCCAUCCAGGUGGAGAUGGGAGAGGAACUCGUUCUCAGCGUUCAGCACCACAAAAGCAGUGUCAGCAUCACAGUAAAGAAAUGAAAACAGUUUUCUAAUGAAAACUGUUCAGAGCAUCUGGUACAAAAUUCUUAUCCAAAUUAGUGGGAUUGUAAUCAUAAAAUGGGUGCUGGUGGCACACGCCUUUAAUUCUAGCCACUCAGGAGGCUGAGAUCUAAGGAUCAACGUUUGA